GGAGGAAGAGAUUGAAAAAUGAUUGAGAUUAACUUAAAUGUAGUUACUGAAUAACAUUAUUCUGUUAUUCUGAGUUUAAAUCGCCUGAUUUUCCAGAAUGACUGCUAAAAUAGCGGAUGAAGUUUCAGUAUCUCUGUGCAGUCUUGUAGACAGUAUUCCUAAAGAUGUGUACACAGCAGAGAGCUCCAUUGUUUUUAAAGAAGAGGCUGUAGGAGAGGAAGAACAUGAAGAGAAUGAAAAUGGUGAUCUUCUGUUCGAAGCGAAGUGCGCACCUGAGCUGUCCUUCCACGGAGACUUGGCGCAGUACGUGGCAACUUUACGCACGCAGCCCGUUGCGUUUACCGGCAAGUUCUCGGUGGAUUCCAGAGGAGCAGGAGGACCGUGGACAUCUAAAGACGUCAUCAACGUCAUCAGCGCUGACAUCGGACCGGCCCCGGUGUCUGGGUCGUGUUCAGCAUCUCCAGAUAUUUACGCAGGAGGAGGAGGAGACGCAUCUACUGUGAUCUUCUGUUCGAAGGGAAGUGAGCACCUGUCUGGGUCGUGUUCAGCAUCGCCAGAUAUUUACUCAGGAGGAGGAGGAGGAGGAGGAGGAGGAGGAGACGGCACCAUGGCGCACGGCCAUCCGGACAUCAGCCACAUGUACGCGCCCCCUCAUCCUCAUCCUCAUCCUCACCCCCACCCGUCCUACUCCUGCAGUGGAGACAUGUACCAGGACCAGUCAGCAGGUGGUUACCUGGCGACGUCCACCUGUGCAGUGUCCUACCACCCUCCUCCAUCCUACAACCCUGUACCUAAACCGACUGUAGACGGCGCCGCGCUGCUGUCCAUCAUGCCAGAGUACGGAGGCUUCUACCAGCAGAGCUGCCAGAGAGACAUCCAGGAGAGGAAAUCCCUCCCGUACCCGCUGGACUCCCUCAGGGUGCCUCCUCCUCUCACUCCUCUCAACACCAUCAGGAACUUUACGCUCGGUGCGGCCUCAGAGGGUCCCAUGGCCGCAGCUUUCCCCACCCACCAGAGCCUCCCACUUAGACCCAUCUUGAGACCCAGAAAGUACCCGAACCGGCCGAGCAAGACGCCUGUGCAUCAGAGGCCGUACCCGUGCCCGGCUGAGAGCUGCGACCGCCGGUUCUCCAGGUCGGACGAGCUGAGUCGACACCUGCGCAUCCACACCGGCCACAAACCCUUCCAGUGCCGCAUCUGCAUGAGGAACUUCAGCCGCAGCGACCACCUCACCACCCACAUCCGCACGCACACCGGGGAGAAACCGUUCUCCUGCGACCAGUGCGGGAGGAAGUUCGCCCGGAGUGACGAGAGGAGGAGGCACAUGAAGAUUCACCUCCGGCAGAAGGAGAAAAAGUCCUCUGCUUCCUAAAAUAACCCUCACCAUGCACGGCCCCAGAUGCUGCUGAAUGUAAACUGUCUGAAUCUGAACAUGAUGGGCUCCUGUCACAGUCUGUCUGCCAAAAGAGCCCAAAUCUGAUCGUGUUUGGAAGCCAUAUCUUUAAAGGGACUGUUUGUAAGACUUGUGGGUACCCAUAGAACCCAUUUUCAGCCACAUAUCUUGAGGUCAGAGGUCAAGGGACAGCUUGACAAAUGGCCAUGACAGUUUUUCCUCGCCAAAAUUUAACCCAACUUUAGAGUGAUAGCCUCGUUCCUGACAAGCUAUAGCAUGACAUGAUUGGUACUAAUGGAGUCCUUAGAUUUUUAUAGUUUCAUAUGAUGCCACUAUCUUCUAACCAUAAACCCGAGCCUGGUACGGCCUCCAAAAGACAGUAAAGUCGGUUGGGUCUUUUAAAGGGACUGUUUGUAACUUUCAGAAAUGCUUGUUAACAGCGACACCUGUGGCCGUUAGGUCAACGAAAGUCAGCGUCGGGCUCGCGCUUGUGCUCGCUCUACAUAGACUUGAACGAGCAUCGCUCAAAACAGUGAGGCGACACACGUCAGCUAAAACCACAAUAUCACUCAAGCCAGACGAAGGUCUCUCCAUUAAAUCAAUGCUGAUCAUAAUGUUGGCUUUUCAGGAAAAGCGGGCCGAUGAAGGCAAGCAGGCAGAGCAGCAUGGACUCCGGCCACACGCGAGCGCGCAUAGGAUCCCGACCCGGUAGAUUUAUACGUGUAAAAAGUUACAAACAGUCCCUUUAAAAGAAAGAAAAAUCACGGAGAAUCAGUUCACACUGAUGUUUGCCUUCAUUAUUUAUCACAGCAACUAAAACAGAAUUCCUCCCUCAUGAGUCAGGGGUCCAGUUUAUCAACAGACACAUGUACAGGACGUCCACACAAACAAAGCUGCACAUUCUGGCGUUAAAUUGUACAAAAUGUAAAGGGAGUCUGGUUUACACUAAAGCCGAUAACCACGUUCUUUAAAACACAGUGUACCUGCAGCUGCUUGCUUUAGUGCUCUGUGGCAAGGCAUUGUGUCUAACUGUCUAUGCUUCAUAUUCUCAGGGAUUCAAUUGUAAUUCAGGCUGCAAACAUGAGGCCAAAACCAUGCAAGUGAUGCAAGAGGGAUGCAAGCUGUGGGUGGUUUGGCUUCAACUGCAGUUAAUCUCAGAAAAAUACAAUAUAAGUCACUGUGGUAUCAGAGGGGAUCUCUGGACCCUCACUUAAACUGUAUGCACCAGGUUUUCCAACAAUUUAUUCCCAAAAUCUGUGUAGUUUCACUUGAAAACAACAAUGUUACAGGAAUUUCUCCACCUAGCAUUUUGGUUUUGUAGUGAGGAAAACGUCAUUUAGGAUUCAUCUCUGAUCUAAAGUCUAAUUUAAUCGUAAACUGGGAAUCUUCACAUCCUCUCCUUCACUGUUAGCUACAUCAUCGAUGUCCGAUGACACUAAAUAGGCCGUCACCAGUGAUGCUUAUUUAUCUAAAUGGACAUUUUUACACUGUAGGCACUAAAAUGUGUCACCAUGCAACACUUUGAAAUGUUGCAUCACUAUUUUAGUACGACUCUGCCUGCUGCGCCGUAUUUAAAAAUAUGCUUUUUGGAGGAAGGAAACGAGGCAGUGAUGUCAGAGUGCACUCAAGGUGACAUCACAAAUCAGGGCGGGGCUAUGAGGUGGGAAACUUUAAGCUAUAGAUGCAGCAAAAUGAAGCUUUUUUUAAACCUGGUUUUUGUAUCAUAUUAGAAAUGUUGAAACAGUUACAGAUAUUGAUAUGUUUGCUUUUGGUUUAUUACAUACAGAACGUGUUGGGAUUAUAUGAGAUUGUAGCCUGAUAAUCUGUUACCUUCUGGUUAGAUUUUAUUUUCAGGUGUAUGCACAGACCUGUUGAUACUUGUAAAGAUCCGACCAGCAUUUCUACCUGAUGAAUGUGAGCUGAAGAGAGAGAGAGAGAGACUGAGAGAGAGAGAGAGAGAGAGAGAGAGAGUCACUGGACAGAUAAAAGUUGUGUUUUUGUGUUUUAUAAGUUUUAUGCAAGCAAGUCGAGCACUAAAGCUUUUAUUCUGCUGGACUGAUGCUUCUUGUCAAUGCAAAUAAAUGUUGACUUGUCGAGUUGUGG